AGUUCAAAAUUCUGUUCAUCGGCUCCAACCUGAGGCUGUUGUUGGCUUGUUGCAACCGCGAUAACCACGAAAACUGUUCGGACAAUAAUUUCCUCUCAUCUCCCAAAAUGAAAACCCUAAUUUUUAAAAGUCCAAUUAAAAUCAAAAUCUUAAACUCCCAAAUUUCGCCUUCAAUUUUCCCCUUCCGUGCUCCAUCACGCCAAAAUGUAAGGUUCCGUCACUUGUACCGUAGAAAAUGCUUCCAAAUCCACGGAAGCCUCAAUGUCUCUCCAGCCAAGGCUUCUUUAUCAGCUGAAUCCUCGAAUUUCGGCGGCUGGGACGAUUAUGAACUCGGUAGUUGGUCUACUAACCCCGGUGAGUCAACUCAGUUGCGUAAUUUCCUUGUUUCUAUCGGAAUUGACGAUAAGAAACUUGUCUUUAUGUUUUUAUUGGGGCUUGUUUGUGCCUUGGCGAUCUCUAGGGUUAGAGUCUCCACAAUUAUCAUAUUUCCAGCUUCUGUUUUGGUUUUUGGUAUUGGGUUUUCAGUUGGGUUUGUUAAAGGAGGGAGUUUCAAUGAGCUAAGUUUAAAUAAGAGGAGGUCAAAGGAAGAAUAUUUAAGAGUUUAUAGCGAGAAAUUGAAGAAUUUAGUGGAUUUUUUUGAUGGGUUUGAUGUUAAAGUUAAUAAUUUGAAGAAUAAUAUAAUAAGAGCUAUUGAUUCUAACAGAAUUACUAUAGGUGAUUUGGAGAAUUAUGCUAGUUUAGUGGAAUCAAUGAGGGCAUCGGCUUCAAGUGCUAGAAAUGUUGUUGAAGCUUCUAUGGAUAACGUGGGGAACUCUUAUAGAGAGAACCAGAAACCAUCAGGUAGAAAAAAGGAGGUUGGUGAAGUUGGGUUUGAGUUGUUACACUUUCUUGGGAGUUUGUUUGGUGAAAAAUUGGUAGCUUCAAAGCCUAAUAGAGUAAAAGAUGAUGUUAAGUCAGAGAGCGUGGAUUCUGAUUUAAAUAAUCAAACUCGAGGAGAUGUUUCCUUGCCUGUUCUUGAAGAUAGGGUUUUUAGUUCACCUAGUAACAGCAAAAGAGUUUUAAGUCAGGGUUUUGCUCAAGAUUCUUUGAAUAAGUCCGCUUUGAAUCAAGAUAGAGAUAGGAGGAUAGAUAUAAAUUUGGAGAACGGGAAAAUAAGGUCUGAGUUUUUGGGUGGAAGAUCUAAGAGAUUUGUUGAUAGUGAAGAGUAUAAUUAUGAGAGUAACAGAUUGCAGUUUGUGAAUACUCAUGACAUCUCUUUCAACACAAGUCAUGACAAUGAGAGUAAAAAAUGGAAAUCCAAUGAUAAUCUACUUGAUUCUGUGGAUUUAAGUGUCAGAUUGAAACAUACGAAAACUGAAGCUUCAUUUGUGCAUGAGCAGCUCCUCCAGAAAUCUAGUAUAUCUUACAGGUCUGCCUACAACCCAGAGAAGAGUGAGAAUGAGGCAUAUGGAAAAAGGCAGUGCUAUGAAGGUGAUUCCCACUUGACUAAUCACCUAUCUGCACAUGAGAAUGAGGUCAGUUCUUCUUCAUCAUCAAAGUUUGCUGAUGAUGUGCUUUUCGAUAAGUAUCUCACAGAAGCUAGUGAACUUCUGAAAGAAGCCAAAGAGUGUAUGAGGGGUACACAUGAUGAAGAGCAUGUAGAAGUCAUCUUGAAUAGGUCUGCCACGUUACUCUCUCAGGCCAUUGCAAUGAAACCCAUGAGCCUGUUGGCUGUGGGCCAGUUAGGUAACACUUAUCUUCUUCAUGGAGAAUUGAAACUACAUGUCAGUCGGGAGCUGAGAACUCUUCUUGCUAGAAAUGAUCCCAUAAUUGGUGAGAGGACACCAGGAAGAUUACUAAAUGGACUAGUUAAUCAAUUUUCGAGUAGAGAUAAAAUUGUAUCCCUCCUAGUUAGUGUUUGUGAAGAGUGUGAAGAGCUCCUUGUGAGUGCUGGCCGAAAAUAUCGGCUGGCACUAUCAAUUGAUGGAGAUGAUGUGAGAUCCCUGUAUAAUUGGGGUCUUGCUCUGUCAUUUCGUGCACAGUUGAUUGCAGACAUAGGACCGGAAGCAGCUUUUGAUGCUGACAAACUAUUCUUAGCUGCCAUUGAUAAAUUUGAUGCCAUGAUGACUAGAGGCAAUGUUCAUGCACCUGAUGCCCUCUUUAGAUGGGGAGCCAUAUUGCAGCAAAGAUCUCGCUUAAGGCCCAGUAAUAGUAAAGAGAAGGUGAAGUUGCUACAGCAGGCGAAGAGGUUUUAUGAAGAUGCACUCCAUGUGGACUCCAAAAAUCUGCAAGUAAGAGAUGCCUUAUCAUCAUGUAUAUCUGAGCUCAACUAUAAGUAUUUUUAGUCAUUACGAUAGCAGUCAUGAAAACUUCAAUGAUUCAUUCUGUCUAAACUUUCUCUGCUUGCCCUCAUUUUUUGGUGUGUUCUUUUUUCUUUCUCAUGCAAAAUACAAUGUGCAUGACUUCUUGUCAUCAUGUAAAAUAAACAAUAAUAUUGAUAAUAAGAAAAAUUUUGAAUAUACAUCUUCUAAUAAUUUUCUUGCAUACCAUGAAAUUAGCUAACUGCAGUACGUCACUAAACAUCCCAAGGGUGUCUAGGUUUAUGGACACUUGCGAUUCGCUGUUAAAUUCUGUUGACUGUAGGAAUGUCCUUAUAGGAUCCCAUGCUCCAAAUAUUUGGACCUCCUUGGAUGAUGUUCUUUUAUAUGGUUUCUCGAGUUUGAUAUCUCUUUAUUCAUUUUCAAAGAUCUGGUUAAUGUUUAUCACGCAAGAUACUACUUUAUAAUAAAAACUUAAUGGAUC